CUGGCAGUUAUACAUGUUUCGUCAAUUGUCAAAUUUUAUGCGCUCAGUCCAUCCUCCCAGCGAAUUCAAAAACGCAGCUAAUGGAUUCGGUUGUCUGCAUUUACUAGUAUCAGUCCGUUUGUUUUUUUCGGUGGUUUGUUUUUCGUUAAUAUUCUACAUUUAUCAAGAAUUUCAAUGCAACUUUUUCGUUAGCUCGUGUUGUUGCUGAUAAAAUGAAUAAAACUGUAAGUUUAAAAAGACUAAACACUUUACCUAGUGCACCGACCGUUGGUGCAAGUGAAGAACAGUUGGAUGCAGCAAUUUUCUACUGUCUCAAUGCUCUCACUAAACGGCAUUUGCCUUCGGAGCAAUUUAGGGCAAUCUUUGCCAAGGGCAUGUUCCUUAAACCCAACACAAAGGCUUUUGUGCAUGUUUCACAUUUCCUCUUCAAUAUAUACGACCCGAAGGAAUUUCGAAAACGGUUCUACUGGCCUAUAUUUGAUAAAACAGCCGAGAACUCGUACCGUAGCUCAACGGUUGAAUACGUUAACUGGUUAGUGGAGCAGGGGAAAUUGGAACUGGAAAAAAUAAAAGCUCACACGGUUGUUCUUCCCGGAGGAGUCAAGUUUAUGAAAUUUCUGUUGGCGUUGACAAAGUUUGUGCUGAAAGAACAGCUUCGUCGGGCCCGCAGUGGAGCAUGUGGUAAGAUUAUUGCAAAAAGUGAUCUCGAACGGUUGAUAACAGUUCAUCACGAGUGGGAGGAUGUUGGCGCAAGAAUACGAGAAAUAGUGCAGAAGGAUUUGAAUUUGAUCAAUUGCAAAAUUCAAGAAACUGACGAGCUUAUUGAGGAGCUGUUCGAAAAUUGUCAUGGCCCGGCAAAGCAAAUGAGUUUCGAAAAAUUGAUGCAACUUUGGGGAACUUUCAACAGGACGUACUUUGAGGACAACGAGGCACGGAGACAACGGUUGAGCAUGAUAACAAAAGAGUAUGAUGAAGUGAUAGCAUCUGCCAAGCGGAAACUGGAAGCAAAAGAAAUUACACUGAACAUCAACGUGGACGAUUUGAAAGAAAUGCUUUACAGAUUGGAAAUAUCGUUUCCGGACAACUCCUGUCAUUUUCGGGAGGUUUUCGACGAAUCAGGGAAAAUUGAUGCCGUUAAGAUAUUUGAAAUUAUCACAUUUCUUCUGCCAGAAAUUAAUCGUUAUUUAUCGAAUUUUUCUGUUCGUAGCGUAGAAUCCUUAAAAUUUGAGUUGAAAGAACUGUCGAAAGUUGCAGUCAAAUCCGAUAGCAUUAACCAUGAGUUGGCAUCGCUGAGGAGAAAUUUACCAUUUAUGGAUGCUAAAUUUCAGGAACUUGAAAAUCAAAAGGAAACUGAUGAGCUGAACGAUUUGGGAAUAAGGAACAAAAUUUUCAAUACACCUCCAAUAUCGUUGAAUUUUGAGGAUAACCCUGAUGCAAGAGAAGGAACUAGAGCAGUUUCCAAACGCUACCGUAUUGCUCUUCUAGACGAUGAUCAUGUUCAACAGAUGAAUCUUCGAAUGCGACUACUUUCGUCUAGUGUGUGUCAUCAACUGCCGAGAACUCCGAAGUCCGCUAAGAAAAUGAGACCUUCUCAGCAGAGUCCCGACGGUGUUUUUGUCGUUCCUAAGCCGGCUCGAAAAGAACGUAUGAAUCCACUUUCAAUGCUGAACAAAAUUACGGCUCAAGGCAAAUCGAAACCCAAACCUUCACCGCCAGUCAACAGCACCAUGAAUCUUUCCUCCCUUUCAAACCUGGAUGAAAUCACGCUGCGACCAGAAUUUUCAUCCACUCUUUUGGGCACUCCGGAGAAACAAUCUUCCCACAAUCGGCGCAGUAUUAAUGUUAACGACACGUUGACAGUCCCGUCGCAGUUAGCAGUCCCAGCCAUUCAGCAUCAACCGAUAACAUUAGCGACCGCAAAAUCGCCCACUUUCCAGCCAUCACCACGAUUCAAAACGAUCUACAGUGAGGACAUUUUCCAGCAAAUGACCACCACUAAGGCGACCAUGUCUCCGGAUUCUUUGUUUUUGGUAAGCCAAACAACGAAAACGACCACAACCCGGCGAAGGAGUUCGAUCGUUCAUUUUGAUCAGUUGCAAACUUCGCCGUCCGGUAAACUGGAAGCGCUGGUAAUGGGAGAAGAGGAUUCGGAUGGCCCAACAAAACAUUUCAGAGAGAGUAUUAACGGUAGUGAGGUGUCGAGGCCGGAUCAUCUGCGCGAGCUGCCUCGGAUACGGAUAGCGGCACUGGAUGAAACGGAUUCCGGAAUUUGUGAAGGAAACCGAAUAACUGAUGAAGAUAGGGAUAAUGUAUUUGAAGGCGAUGACAUGGAUGGGACGUUGCAUCAGGAACAAGAUAGCACUUCGUCUGAUUUCUCGAAUACGCUAGUUGACCUCGGAUUCGAUAAGCUCUCUAUUUCCUGCCAAAACAAGAAUCGAAGUGCAGAUAUGGACAAAUCCCUGGCGAAUAUUGCGAUGGAAACCAAUGGGGAGGAUCUGUUCAACAUAAGUGAUGGUAUUUUAGCAGAUAUCGACUGACGUCGCCGUUCGGGGAGUUCCCAUCUGUAAUUAAAAAUAUGAAACCAGUGAGAUGAAGAUGUAUAUCGACUGCCGUAUUCUGAUAACAAUAUAUAGAUAAAACUUUUUUAA